GGAAAGCGGCAGCCGUAGUGUCGUCGUCAUCGGCGCUGGCCGGAAAGAAGGAGCAGGAUGCUGAGCCGGCUGCAGGAGCUGCGCAAGGAGGAGGAGACGCUGCUGCGGGUCAAGGCCGCGCUCCACGACCAGCUCCACCGCCUCCAGGUGGAAGAGCUGGCGCUGCAGUCCAUGAUCAAGGAAAGCGAAGGGACGGUGCCGGUCCUGUCCGCGGCCGAGACGGGGGAGCAACAAAACAUGGACAACGAAGAAGCGAUCAACCAGACUCAACUCCAGCUCCAAAUGUGUGUCAGUGAAGAGGAGGAGGAGGAGGAGGAAGAAGAGGAGGAGGAGGAUUCCUAAAGCGGGGCACACGGACUCUUUUCUCAGGAAGCCCACGGUUCAAGGGAAAUCUGUGCCCCCCGACCUUGGCGGCAAAGAGGAAGCGGCGCCACAAAACCGUGAGGUCCGGGGUGGCGGGCCGAUGUAGCACAAUGUCCUUUCUCAGAACACGAGCAACACUCACUUUGAGCCGAGUAGCAUUUGGGAGGCGCCACACGCACCGCUCUCACAGCAAUAACUGAGCCUCGAAGCAUCCGCUGCUGCUAAAAAAUAAAAUAAAAUAGCCAGGGUCUCAAAGCCCACGUCGAAACGCCUCCAGGCCAAGUAGAUCCCCCGAAAGAGGUCUGGGCCCUUUGCAUGUGGCCCUUGGGCCGUUCUCGGAGUCUAAGCCUCGUCUGCCUCUCCCCUUGUGUGGAACCUUGAAACACAAAGGCGAAACCUGGAUUUCUUUUUUUUAGUGUUGGUCUUUCCAGCAGUUGUCAGGUGAUGCUCGGUCCAACUAUUCUUCCCUUAGGGUUUGGUCCCGGGGAAAAGGGUUCCUGCCCCAAAAAAGUGACACAACAAGGGUCAGAACGGAAGUCGGGUUGCAGUGGCCACUUGCAGUCUCUCUAAUCCCAGAGCAAAGCAGUUCUCCAAACAUGGUUGCCCUUCCUAGCAAUUGGCAAGGAAAGCUGAGAGUUUGCAGCCCAACCACGUCCGAAUGGCUGUGGUUUGACACAUUUGCAGGAAUGGCUUCUUUGCUAGGCUCAGAUAUAUUCCUGCAAUUCCUUUCUUUUUCCCAUUCUGGCUGUAUCCAUUUCCCUCCCCAUCUCCCUCUCCUUGAUUAUAGAUCAGGACCGGGGCAAAUUGGGAAUUUUCCUGAUUGGGAUCCAAUAAUGUUGGAGUGAGAAAGAAACCCAUAUUAUUUGAGGGGGAGUUACAGCUCCCAGGCUCAUCUGGUGGUCAUGUUAACAAGGGGACGAUGGGAGUGAGUUAUUUUCCCAAAUUGGGGGUUUGAAUGAGAAAAAAAAUGAGCUGUGGGUUUAGAUCAGUGAUUCCCAAAGUGGGCGCUGGAGCGAUCCAGGGGGGUGGUGAUGGCACCUAUUAGGACACGGGGGCGGGGCCAGGGGAGGGGCGGGGCCUCUUCCCAAGAGCCCGAUACAGGGCUGAGCCCGAGGCGUGUUAGGACAUACAGGGGGCGGAGCUAUAGGAGUGGGCGUGGCUUCUUCCCAAGAGCCCGAGACAGGGCUGAGCCCGAGGAGUCUGUUAGGACAUACAGGGGGCGGAGCUAUAGGAGUGGGCGUGGCUUCUUCCCAAGAGCCCGAGACAGGGCUGAGCAUCUAUACCUCUCUUGAGGCCUUUGUUGGGACGCAGAGGGCGGAGCUAGGGAAGGGGGCGGGGCCUCCUUCCAAGAGCCUGAGACAGGGCUGAGCCUCUAUAUUUCUCCUGAGAGGCCUUUUAGGACUAAAGGGCGGGGCUAGGGGCGGGGCCUCUUCCCAAGAGCCUCUGUAUACCACCCCUGCAGCACUUGUUAGAACACGAGGGCGGGGUAUAGAGGCCCCGCCCCUCCUCUAGCCCCGCCCCCUGUGUCCUGGGAUAGAAGCUCAGCCCUGCCUCAGAGCUCGUAACUCUGCCCAUCCUAGUCCUGGCUGCCCAUUUGUGGCCCCGCCCUCUUGAGAAAGAGCCACGCCCACCCCUCUGAGCCACGCCCCCUUUCCAGGGGUCAAUGAGUCAUUGGGAACCAGUGGUUGAGAUGAACAUCAGCUCCCUUGUUCCUCACGAGAAAAUCCUGGCAAGGAACAGGAGGAUUCUCUGGCAGGGAAUGUGCACAAUUUCCAUCUAAAAAGGCCUCGGGUAUUGUUUUAAUUAACAUCAUUCAUGCCUGGAAAAAAAUAACUUUCCCAGAGUAAUGCCAUGAUCUAUUUAUUAGUGUAGGAUGGAACUGCGGAACAUCUGAGAGAAUGAAAUGAUUAAAAAGGAUUUUCCAAACACAAA